GUCACUUCCGUAAUUAAUCGCGCACGUGUGUGUACGUGUAUACACGUUUAAAUGGGAAUUGUACGCUACAUUAUUUUAUUGAACACGAACCAGACAUAGCUGCGUUUCUGUAUUGUUUGUUAAAUAGCGUUCUUCUUUAUCAAAAAUGAGCGAGGAUUGGGAGGAGGAAAUCGAGAAUGAAAUGCGAGGGAUUUCUGUCUCGGCAUCGCGGCCUUCGCAAAGUACGAACUCUUGGUCGGCGUGGGAUGGUGGUCUUUCAAACUCGCAGCAGCAGCCGUCCAGCAGCUACGGAGGGGACCGCUCGGCGUCUGGAUCAUACCGGGAGGGUCGGGCAAGAUCGAGCGCUGGCCGUGGCGGCGGUACAGGAUACAGCGGUCGCGGCGCAGAUCGGGGCAGAAGUCCUGGCAUCGGCCGAGGGCGCGGCCGCGGUCUUGUACUUCUUGAGAACGCCUCGGAGAGGAAUCCGAAAAAUGACCGUCAAAAUGACAAUUGCAAAGGAGAAUGGAGAGGUGAAAGUAGAACUUGGAAUUCAAUAAGGUAUAAUGAUGACAGCAGACAGUCGUCAAGUCCAAACUGGAGAAAGAGUGAGCGUGAAAAUGAUUCUCAAGACAGCUGGAGAGGUGGCGGACAUGGUGGAAGAGGAAGAAGAGGAGAUGAUGAUGGAUCAAGAGAUGACAAUAAAACAUCACUUGUAGUGGACAAUCAGUAUGUGGGCAAAAUAAUUGGGAAACAAGGUGCAAAAAUUAGAGAAUUGGAACAAGAGAGUGGAGCAAGAAUAAAGAUCAUGUCCCGAGAAUCAGAUGGAUACGAGACCACGAUCAAUCUCUUUGGAGGAGAGGAAGCGAAAGAAAAGGCAAAGGCUUUGAUAGACGAACUAACGGAUCCAGAUGCUCGGCGAUACCGUAGCAAGCCACAGAAUUCUAGUUUCAGCUUCAAUAAGAAUGAAACUGAUAGCACUUACCAGAAUGGAGAUGAUGCGCCUAGCAAACCGAGGAAGAUAGACUGGGAUACACUUGAGAAAGAAUCAGAGCAAUACUUGGCAGCCAAAUGGAAAGCAUAUCCUGACAUCAUAAAGGAUUUCUAUCAUGAGCACAGUUCCAUUAAAGCCUUAUCUGAAGAGGAAACUGAUGCCUUGAGAGAGGUGAUUGGUGUGUCCGUUGUAGAUGAGAGCGCAAAGGAGCUGAAUAGAACUGUUCCGAAGCCUGUGAGAACAUUUGAAGAAGCUUUUGAAGAUUAUCCUGAAAUUCUGAGGGAGAUUUACAAGCAAAAGUUCACCAAACCAUCACCUAUACAGAGCCAAGGCUGGCCGGUAGCACUUCAAGGAAACGAUCUUAUAGGUAUUGCACAGACGGGCAGCGGAAAGACUUUAGCCUUCCUCCUACCGGCCCUCAUCCAUACAGAUUUACAGCCAGUACCUCGCAAGGCUCGUGGUGGUCCCAACGUUCUUAUCCUUUCACCAACUCGAGAGCUUGCUCUUCAGAUUGAAUCAGAAGUCAACAAGUAUUCCUACAAGGGUAUCAAAAGUGUUUGCGUCUACGGAGGUGGAAACAGAAGAGAACAGAUCAAGGUUGUGACUGAUGGAGUUGAGAUUAUUAUAGCUACUCCUGGAAGGCUCAAUGAUCUAAUCAUGAACAAGAUUGUAAAUGUCAUGUCGGUUACAUUUUUGGUGCUUGAUGAGGCUGAUCGGAUGCUUGAUAUGGGUUUUGAACCUCAAAUUAUGAAGAUUCUACUUGACGUGAGACCCGACAGGCAAACCAUCAUGACAAGUGCUACAUGGCCGGAUGGAGUUCGGCGUCUGGCAAGGAACUACAUGAAGCACCCUGUCCACGUCAAUGUAGGAUCAUUAGAUCUAUCAGCUUGCCACAAUGUAACACAACUCAUCGAGAUAUUAGAUGAAGAGGAAAAGGUCGACAGGCUUCUUGCAUUCUUUGAGACGAUGACAGACGAUGAGAAAGUUCUUGUAUUCGUCGGAAGGAAAGUCAUGGCGGACAGCCUGUCGUGUGACAUGAGUCUCAAGAACUUGGCAGUCCAGUGCAUCCAUGGAGGCAGAGAGCAGUAUGACAGAGAACAAGCGCUGCAGGAUUUCAAAGAUGGUACUGUUCGUAUCUUGAUAGCGACCGAUGUAGCAUCCAGGGGACUAGACAUUAAGGAUAUCACCCAUGUCUUCAACUUUGACUGUCCUAACCAUAUAGAGGAGUAUGUUCACAGAGUAGGAAGAACAGGCAGAGCUGGACGCACUGGGACCUCCCUGACUUUGAUGACACGAAAAGAUUGGAGAUGGGCCGGUGACAUCAUCAAGAUCAUGGAAGAAGCAGGCCAGGAAGUACCCGAUGAGUUGGUGGAGAUGGCAGAGCGCUUCAAGAGGCACCAGGACAGGAUGGCUGACGAGAGGAGAGAGUUCGGAGGCGGCGGACGAGGAGGAGGAGGACGAGGUGGAGGUCGCGGUGGAGGAGGAUUCCGAGGGCGGGAUAGGGACUCCGGGUUCGGUGGUGGUGGUGGUGGGUUCGGCUUUGGAGGUAGGAGUGGAGAAGGAGGGGGCAGGAGGAAGCGGGAUGAGCGAGAUGAUUGGUGGUAGAAGAAUGGAUGAAGAGAGAGAUAGGGAUGAGACGAAGGAAAAGGAAACUGAAGUAUAGAAGACUAGCACUGAUAUAAAAGUUAUCGAGCAGUAAGAAUGUAAGAUUUGUAAGAUAGACGGAAUGAAUGAAGCCGAGCAGGGUUGGAAUCGGGAGCUUUUCAUCAACAUUUUUUAUCCGACACGUUGUCAGAUCUGACAACUUUCCUUGAAUUUGAUUGGCUGAGAAGCACUGUUACUAUGGUAACUGUCAGAUAAAACAGGAUUAGUUGGAUAACUUGUCUAAAAAAGUCAUUCAUGAAAUGCUCACUUGGAUGACUUUAAACCAAUUGAAAAAGGAAGGGGCUAAAAGUAAGAGAGGGAAAUAGAGAUAGAAAGAAAGAGAGAGGACUCUUGAAAAAAAGUUUAUUGAGCAGUAUUAUAUAACUAGAAAGAUUGGGAAUGAUCCAACCAUUGUUCAAUAAUGAACAGAAAGGGUUCUUAAUAGAAUAAAAAAGGUUGAGAUUAGAACCAGAAAAAAA